CUAACCCUACCCUGUCGCCAGGACGGGAAGCCUUCCUCUUUUAUUUCUCCGGGUCCAUGGCAGUUGCCGCGUUUCCAAGCUGCGGCGCUCGCCGGCUGAACGCGAGGCCGUGGCUUCACGCGGUCCGAUCCUCCGCGUCCUCUCCUUCUCCUCCUCGGUCUCCCACCGACGUCGAUGGCCUGGGAACUGCACCAACUUAUACGGCCGCCGCCUCUCGUUCCUUCUUUCCGAAGCGAGGCCAGACGCUGGAGCUGGUCUGCGAAUCCCUAGCUUUCAAGGGCAAGGGCGUUUGCAAGGUCGUCGAUACCGGCUUCGUCCUUAUGUGCGACCGCGCCCUCCCCGGCGAGCGCUUUCUUGGCCGCGUUUCCCGCAAAAAGGGCAACUAUGCCGAGGUAACAAAGCUGAAAACCAUCACUCCGCAUUGGGACUUGGUGGAAGCUCCAUGCGAAUACGCCUCGUCUUGCGGAGGGUGCAAGACCCAGAACCUUGCGUACGAGGCGCAGCUCAGAGCCAAGGAACAGCAGGUCCGGGACUUGAUCGUUCGUGUGGGAAGGUUUUCUGACGGGGACCCGGAAUGUGCUUCCGUGCUGAAGCCCAUCGUGCCAUGUGAUCUUAAGUUUCACUAUCGGAACAAGAUGGAAUUCUCAUUUGGUGCUCGGAGAUGGAUACAAAUAGAUUCCUUGACCGAUGAUCAGGAUCAGAUUCAGAGAGGUCAUGCGUUGGGAUUGCAUGCACCCGGGUUCUUUGAUAAGGUCCUCCAUAUUGAAAAAUGCUUAUUGCAAAGCGAAGCGGCUAACAAGGUUCUUGCAGUUGUUCAAGAUAGUUGGAGGGAUCCAGAUCUUAACCUAUCUCCAUAUGAUGUCCACACCCAUGCUGGAUUUCUUAAACAUCUAAUGCUAAGAACUGGAAGAGACGUCAAGACUGGUCUUCCAGAAGUGAUGGUUAACUUUGUCACGUCAAGCUACAGACCUAAGCUAUUGGAGCCUCUUAUUAACAAAAUCUCAGCAAUUCCUGAAGUGGUCAGUAUCAUGAAUAAUGUCAACUCAUCUGUUGGUAACACAUCUGUCGGGGAGGAAGAGUAUAAGUUGCAUGGAAAGUCAACUAUCACAGAGAUGCUAAGAGGACUUACAUUUCAGAUAUCAGCCAACUCUUUCUUCCAGACUAAUUCUCACCAGGCAGAAGUUCUCUAUAAGCUUAUUGAGGAUUGUGCUGGUCUCAGAGGAGAUGGUUCAGAGAUUGUUCUGGAUUUAUUUUGUGGAACUGGAACUAUUGGUUUGACCAUUGCAAAAAGGGUUAGACAUGUUUAUGGUUAUGAAGUAGUGGCUGAAGCUAUAUCAGAUGCUCGAAGAAAUGCUGAGCUUAAUGACAUCCGUAAUGGUACAUUUAUUCAAGGCGAUCUUAACAAAAUCAAUGACAAAUUUGGAAGUGAUUUGCCGAAAGCUGACAUUGUCAUUUUAGAUCCCAAUCGCCCAGGCUUGCAUAUGAAGCUAAUCAAAUAUCUACUGAAACUUCAGGCGGCACGUGUUGUCUACGUCUCAUGUAAUCCAGCCACAUGUGCCCGUGAUCUUGAUUACCUUUGUCAUGGUGUGGCUGACCAAGGUAUAAGGGGAUGCUACCAACUGAAAAGUAUCCAGCCAGUAGACAUGUUUCCUCACACUCCUCACAUCGAGUGUGUCUGCUUGUUGGAGCUCCGCUAGGUGCUGGUUUUGACUUCCACUUAGUAAUUAUGAAGGUAUGGAUGCUUAUCAGUUAGGCAUUAUCUUUAAACUCUAGUCUUGGAAAUGGUUAAUUGUGUUAUUUUCUUUGGGGGCUUUUGCAUGUCACCUCUGAUAAGACUAAAAAAAUUUACAAAUAAAAACCCACAUUUUCUGAUGGUUACAAUGCACACUAUUUUGGACUGUUGUUUGGGGGUGCGGGAAGCCAUUAACUUCCGUCAACAUUUCUCAAGGGGGACCGACUAUGAUAUUUGAGCUCAAGUGUAAAUAACCAUUUUAAACUAUAUUUUUUCUUUAAAGUGGGGGCAAUAUGUUGGUUAACAGGUGCUGUGUACUAAAUUAGCCGCUUGGCAAAUGGCAGCAAACAAAUUGAAUUGUUGAAAGUUGGAAAAGAAAGCAUGAAAUUUUUAAAUACAAAAAUGUCAGUAGCAGGUGGGUGUUGGAAAAGUAUUCAAGGAAAAUUUGAUGAUUCUCGGCCUAAUAGUGACUGCAAGAAUUUUCUGCAAAUAGCUUGAUUUAUCUGGAAUCCAUAUGUCAUUACUGGAUGUCGGAGGUGAUGGUUUUGGUUGUGGGGAUCAUUUUCCAAAUCCUGUUUCAUAUUUGAAAUAAUGUAACAAAACAGAUCUUUUCCUUGCCUUAAUUUUGGCUUGAAAGAUUUCACUAUUGUGGGAUCAUACAUUUGUGAAGAACGAUGCCAAAGAAAUAACAUUUGGAGUAGGCAGAUUUUUGAAGGUUGUUCUGCCACUUAGUAGCAAAGCAUUCUGCUUGUUCUCUUAUCUACUAGGAGUGCUGCAUGUGUAGAAGAUGAUUCACAGUUCUGUUCUGGUCUAUUCAAGAAAACUUCAGCCAUGUUCUUGGCUUUGGAAUAACUUUUUGCAUUCUUGU